AAAAAUGGAAACCACCAGCAGUGUGAGGAGACCUGAAAGUGGCACAUGGCAGAGUGUGGCGAUAGAGACAGCAGCAAUGGGAGGCCGUACAGGGACCCAUGACACACUCUGGACCUGGCAGCAGCAUGAGGAGGCGGUACAGGGGCCCAUGGCAGAUUACGGCCUGGCAGCAGCAUGAGGAGUCGGCCGUACAGGGACCCAUGACACAAUCUGGACCUGGCAGCAGCAUGGGGAGGCCGGUACAGGGGCCCAUGACAGAUUACGGGCCUGGCAGCAGCAUUUGGAGUCGGUACGGGGGCCCAUGACACACUCUGGACCUGGCAGCAGCAUGA